AUCACAUGAGCAACCUUAGAGCUUCGCGCGGAAUGGCCAUAUGGUGAGUAGAAGCGGCAGCUUGAGGCCAUGCUGGAGUACCGCUUGUAUGAUCUCCUCGAAGUUAACCCAAAGGCUUCGCAAGAGGAGAUCAAAAGAGCUUACAGGCGUUUGGCCUUGAAGCUGCAUCCAGAUAGAGGAGGCGAUGCCAAGGCAUUCCAGGAGUUGAGCAACGCAUACGAGGUGCUUUCAAAUCCGGAGCGGCGAGCUCUUUAUGAUCGCAUGGGUGAUGAGGGCAUGGGGGAAGCAGUUUCUCCGCAACCACGAAGCCCCACACAUGAUAUCUUCGACAUCCUGGGCGAUCAGGGUGCAGGCCCCUUUGCUGAUUUGUUCGGAUUUGGCACCAAUCGGCCAACCCAGGUUGAAAUGUCCGUCACUUUGGAGGAGGCGUACCUGGGAACUUCUCGCCAAAUCCGGGCGCGAAGGAGCUUAGUUUGCAGAAGCUGCCAUGGCCAAGGUGGAUCACUACUUUGCUUGAAUUGCGAGGGCUCAGGCUUCAGCAUUCAUCGGCGGAUGGGACCUAGCUUCUUGCAGCAGGUGCGAGUUCCAUGCCGAGGGUGUCGAGGUCUUGGCUUUAUUGGGCAACCCUGUAGUCAAUGUCGUGGCAGUGGCUUGCAGCAGGAGCAGCAGGUUCUCUCUGCCAUGCUUCCGCCCGGUGUGCACGACGGGCACUUGGUUGCUUGCUACACGUUGGAUGGGAGGAGUUGCGAUGACGUGAUGUUCCUUGUCAGGGUCCAGCAGCAUCCUCGAUUCAAGCGGUCUGGAGAUGACCUGCAUAUUGCGGUGGAAUUGGGCCUGGCCGAUGCUUUGCUCGGCAAACCGGUGAGGCUGCGACACCUCGAUGGCCGAGAGCUGAAGCUGAGACCCAAGGGGCUGAAGCCCGGGAUCCAUGUCGUGCAGGGCGAAGGUAUGCCGAAGGUGGACUCGAAUGAGCGAGGGGAUCUACAUCUUCGCUUAGAGGUGCGUGCAAUGUCUCAAGAAGACUGUGGAGAGGAGCCCGGUUGUGAGGUGCAUUAGAUAUAAGGGAUUAACCUGUAUUGAGCAUGGUGCUAUAGUCUUUCGCAUGUUGGCAUUGAGCAGAAAGGUGUUUCACCAUUCUGCUGCUUGAUUUCGCACUAUCUCGAGGAUAUUGUUGCUUAUUGUGCAUGCAUCAAGUGGAUCAUUUGAGGAUAGGAUAUGCUCAUAUGAGAGAUCAUUUUGAUGUAUUUCAAUUUGUGAGCAAAGGCUGAAAGAGCCACCCAGCAAACAUCAGUGAUCACAACCAUUCGUUAUUCAGUCUCAGCGAACUCGUAGCACUGCCACGGUUUGAAUGGGCAAGGGUGCAGCAGGUCCACAAAACAAACAAGCUUUGAUCCAAACAUAUCCAAACCUCCUUGCUUUGGGUCACCCUUUGGAAGUUGGAUGAAGUUGGCCUGAGACACACAUGAUGCACGCUCUACGACAUGUUUCAGGUGCUUACUGGUGUUGCUUGCUCACAAGAAAUACUUACAUUGGUCGUGCCCUUCACGACUUUGUUUGAACAUGUGGAUCUCAGCUGUCGUACACGGAUCUCAGGUGGCUUUUCCAAACGAGCUAGACAUCGGGACCAUGAAGGAGCUGAUUGCUGCUCUACAAAGACGUUUGGACACAGCCGAGGCAGAGGCCAAGUCACGUUUGUAGCUUCUGAGAGAUCGGUUCGGGGCGUGUGCCGCGGUUCGAAUGGGCCGUUGUACAUAGGGCAAACGCUCACCCGUUGGCGCGCUUGGCACCCGUUGGCCGCAAGUGGUUGGACCAUCACACGUGUGCUUUUUGCAACGCGUGUUGACUUCCAUGCGUUUGAUCGGGAGUGGCCAGUCGCCAA